UCAAUAAGCAUUAUAAUUAUCUAUCAAACAACUAUACUAAACUAAUUGUAUCCCCUUUGUGGAUGGAUAUACAUUCAUAAAUCUAAAUUAAAUGGUCCAAAUCAAACCAGUAAAUCCGUUCGGCAUACUUAUGGUGAGGGGCGUGGUGCUACCCCUCUACACUGACCGACACGCACACGCUUAGCAUACAUGAUGUUACCUCCAGAAUGGCAAGCACAUUGAACAUAGCAUGAUAUCUCUAUAAAAAUAUGACACACUGAACAUAGCAUAGUGUUAUUUGUGCAAGAACAUGGCAUAUAGACCAGGUUAUGGUGCUACCUUCACCUUGGCAUGACACACUACUAAUUUCACCAGAGCACGGCGCGCCGCCAACUUCACUUUUACACACACAUGGUUUUACUUUCAGAAAGCCAAGUUACUAGUGACAAAUCUCGCAAAUCAUGGGACAAUUCAUAUCAGUCCCGCAAAUCAUAGAACAAUAGCCCGUCAAUUUAGGCAUAGUGACCACAUUGUCCAAAUAUUGUGUCUCAUUAUGUACUAUAAAUCCAUGUAUUUAUGGGAAGAAUUGAUAAAACCCAAGUACACUACAUAUAAUUAUCUAUGUAAUAAUUAUACUUAUUGUGUUUAAUUAUUUUCAGUCAUCUCUUAUUAUUUUAAGAUGGAUGUAGUUCCAUCAAGUAUAAUAUGCGGAUUUGAAAUAGUGCUGAUAGAGUAUAUGGGCCUGGACCCCAUGGCCCACAUACUCAACGGCCCAAAAGACACCAGCUGGACACCCGCAUCGGCCAGAGGCACGUAGCGUCCAAGAAAGAAGAUAUCGUCUGAUUUAUUUGGACGGCAUCGUCCAUGGACCGCAUCGUCCAUGGACCGCAUCGUCCGUGGACCGCAUCGUCCACGGACCGCAUCGUCCGAACUUUGCCCAGACAGAAUGUAUCUUCCUAUUUUAUGUACUAAGUGUUGUACUCAGCCCAUUAGUGGCCUUGUUUCGCCCAAAGAAGGCAUGAUUAUUGUAAUGGGCCUCCUAAGCCCAAGGCUAGGGGCCCAAAUCCACAUUUUUACCUAUAAAUAGACCCCAAGGGGCUAAUUAUAGGGGGUUCCAAGUGGAGAAAUAUAAUUACUCACUUUCUCUCUCUAGCUCUCACUUCUCUCUAGAAUUAAUACUCUAUCAUUUGGUGCUUUCAUUGAGAGCUAGAAUAUAUCAAGUGAGAUCCUCCCAACCAAAACAAACAACGUGGUAGCACCUCGGCCCCAUUAGAGGAAACAUGCCACCUAGCCUUUGCGUGUCGUGUAUACUCCUCGGCCUAACGGAAGAACUCUGCCAAUUAAACCAAAACAAGAGAAAGCCAAACAAAAAGGUGGUGGGAACUGUGGGACCUUCGGCCCAUGUCCCUCAUUGAAUUCCCAUCUACAGGAGGUCAUGCCAACCGAUGGGGGGAGUAAUGCAUCGGCCAAGAACAAAUGCAGGCAUUCCUUCGGCCAACUACAGCUAGAGCCAUCCUCUGCCAACCUCCUCCUGUCAAACGGCUAGAGCCCCUCGGCUAAGCUGUAGAAAUAAAGGCACCACAUCGGCCUAGUUGGGGGAAGCAUGGCCUUUCAGUCAAACAUGUCCUUGACCAGAAUAAUGGCAGUAGAGUGGAUUGACUUCCGGCAAAAACAACCCCUCGUCUCCUCCACCAGGUGAUCACCGGUACCCAGGGCGUCACCUCGGCUAAGGGCCUCGCUUCGGCGAUGGAUAUCACCCUCGUCCAAUGGACCCGAAGCUGCAGAUAUCAGGACUUCUGCUGCGUCAUCAGUGACAAUCCUUGGGGAAACUUCACCUCGCCCGAGCAAUCACAACGGCCGGCACACAACUGCCGGCACGCAUCGGCCGCGACUCACAACGACUGGCACACAUCUGCCAGCAAGACAACAAGCUAGCUAGUCUGCCACGCCAUCGGUCAAAACACACCGGCCAGCAACUGCAUCAUCACUCACACGUCGGCCAAGAUAAACACACAUCGACCAACAGUUCAGUGUGUCAUCGGCCAACUGUGCGGAUGCAUCGGCCAAAAUAACAAGCCACAGAGGCCUCAUCGGCCAGCCGGCAUCCCAUCGGCCGGCAUCCCAUCGGCCGGCAUCCAAUCGGCCGGCAUCCGAUUGGCCGGCAUCCCAUCGGCCGGCAUCCCAUCGGCCGGGAAACUUCGGCCAGCAACAACUUCGGCCCAGCCAGGGACAACAUCAAUGUGACGCAUCGGCCAUCACACUUCGUUCGGCGUCCAUCGGCCGCAUCGGACAGCACACAUCGGCCAGAGGCAUCGGACAGACCGCAUCGGCCAGCAUGUCAUCAGCCGACAUGAGAAAUGGGGACAGCUUCAGUUCAGCCAGGACAACAAACUGGCACCUCGGCCAAAACGAAUUGACGUUUUCACUCCAGCGACAACCCAGUACAUCCCUCGGCCAGUAUAACGUCUCGUCCGAGUAUGCUCCUCGGCCAAACAGGUUCUUGGUCCAAAGUCGGAGUCACCUAGGCCAGGGCAGGCUCUCAUCCGUCCCGUCGUCUCUGGUCACCGUCGGCGCCAAGACACGGACUCCUCGGCCAGGGUGGGACCCUCAUAAAAUCGGAAGGGCAACCACCAUCCCUGGUUGCCGUCGGUGCAAAAUUUCGGAUCCCUCCGCCAAUUUGGGGUCUCUCGACCAGGCGACGGAAGAGUUAUGGCGCACCCCUGCCUGGGAGCAGCCUUCCACCUUGGCUUCGCGACAACGCCGGGAUGGAUUCGGGCGACCUCGCGAAGGCGCUCCCCACCUCGGCCUCGCGGCAGCAACUCUGUUAUUGGACAGGAUCUGAAGCUCGCUAUGAGCUUAAUUGAAGUGGUGGGCUAUCAGCAUAUGGACCGGCUGUUUAAUCUCAAGGACUCUGGCUGAUUCUCAAAGAAAAGGCCCAUCAAUUUUAUAUCCCUGCUGGAAUUCUAAGCAGGGCAGGCUUCGGCCCAAAUACAAGUAAGUGCCACAAACUUUUCCUCCUAUUUUAUGCAUUAAACAUGGAGCAAAAUAGUUUUAUCACUAUUAAAAAAAAUAUAUAUAGUUUUACUACUAUUCCGAAAAAAUAGUUUUACUACUAUUCCAAAGAGAAAAAGAAAAAUAUAGUUUUACUACUAAUCAAAAAGGAAAACAAUAAUAAUAAUUGCUAUUAUUAUUAUUAUUUUCACCACCAUUGCUAGCGGAUUAAAAUCCCCAAUUGGUGCGGGCCAAAGCCUUAACCUUCCGAACAUCUUUAUUUGAUGAUUCGGAUUAUAUUUGGGUCCCUUGACCUACCCCGGUCAUCUUUAUUUGAUGACCCGAAUAUCUAGAAUGAGAGCCAUCAUCGGCUGCACACGACAUUAUGCCUAAAAGCGGUACGCCUCAUUCCCCUAGAUGCUAAUUGCGUCAUCCAGAAGCCGUUGCAAUAAACAACGCACCCAAAGCCGUCGCAAUAAACGACGCACCCAAAGCCGUUGCAAUAAACAACGCACUCAAAGCCGUUGCAAUAAACAACGCACCUAAAGCCGUCGCAAUAAAUGACGCACCCAAAGCCGUUGCAAUACACAACGCACCUAAGGCCGUUGCGAUCCACAACGCGCCUACAAAGCCGUUGCAUAGACAACGCACCUAAAUAUCGUAUCGGCACAAGCGGUGAAACACCCAAAUCGGCCGGCGAUAUGCAGGACGAAGGACCUGUGUGUAUGGUCUGACGUCUUCAAACGGAGAAGCAUACCGCGUCGUCCGCGCGGAAACCGCAGGACGACAGGCCUGAAUUAAGGCUGAGGUUACAAAAACUCCACCCGUCAGUAAAAUUUCGCUCAGGACCACAAAGGGCGGCCGUCAAAAGACGAUGCCUAGUCCGGUCCCUCGUCGACGAUAGACGUGGAAAGGCAAAAAAAGAUGCCACUGACAAGCCGAGGGCGUAUUUACUCCCUCGCACUAAUCCACGCGAAAAGCGUAGCGGACAAACUACCGCACAUGGACGAAGGGACAGUAACCCUUCGGCCACCCAAAAAAAAAAAAAAAAAAAAAAAAAAAAAAAAAAAAAGAGGGAAGCCGACGGACCGCGCACUUGCCGGCCUCGAGCAAUAAAAAUAAAUAAAUUCCCCAAACUUAUUAUUCAUCUCAAAGACCGGCUCCCAAUGCCGAAGCUUUUGCUCCAUCAGCUUAUGAACGGCCUCCCCAACGCCGUCAUACUUUUAUAUGACGAUCGGCUCAUCAUCGCCUCGUCAUCAUCCGGAUCGGCUCAUUAUCGCCAUCUGCUCAUCACCACCGGGGCCCCCGCCUCAGCGUGAUGCUUUAUCUCAAGACCGGCUUCUCAUCGCCGAGUGUCUUGAGCUAGCGACCGGGCUUGCUAUUCCCUUCCAGGAUAGCAACCGUCGCCUCUAUGUGACGAUCGGCCUCAUCAUCGCCUCGUCAUCAUUAUCCAGAUCGGCUCAUCAUCAUCGCCAUCCGUUUUUCACGAUCGGCCCCCUCGGCCACGACGUGAUGCUAUAUCUCAAGACCGGCCUCCUUAGCGCCAAGUGUCUUGAGCUAGCGAUCGGGCUCGCCAUUCCCCUCCUGGAUGGCGACUGUCGCUUCUAUAUGACGAUCAGCUUCAUCAUUGCCUCGUCAUCAUUACUCGGAUCGGCUCAUCAUCAUCGCCAUCCGUUCUUCACGAUCGGCCCCUCGGCCACGACGUGAUGUUAUAUCUCAAGAUCGGCCUCCUAAGCGCCAAGUGUCUUGAGCUAGCGACUGGGCUUGCUAUUCCCUUCCGGCGUAGCAACCGUCGCCUUUAUAUGACAAAAGGGGGAGAUCCUCCGGGAAAAAGAGGGAGAUCGGCGCCCUCAGUGAAGAUGAGGACGAAGAAGAGCCCCGCCAGAAGAAACAUCACAUUCACAUCAUCGUCGGCGGGAACACAGGGGGGGACUCGGCUACCCAACGGAAAAAAUGGGCUCAGUCCCUAUACGUUGGUGAGGUGACCCACGCCCCCCCUCAGCCAAAGCGGCGGCAUGUGGAAGCCAUCACUUUCACCGACAAGGACCUCCCCUUCGGCCCCUUGCCCCACAGGGACGCCCUCGUCGUCAAAUGCGAGAUUGGCAACAACAUCAUCCAUCGCAACUACAUCGACACUGGCAGCUCCGUCAAUGUGAUGUACGUUGAUACAUUCAGACAGCUGAAGCUGAAGAAGACCGAGCUCCGGCCGAUACGGACUCCGUUAUCCGGCUUCACCGGGGACUCUAUCGAUGCCGAGGGCACGAUAGUGCUUCCCGUUGUGGUCGGUGACGGUACCUGUCAGGCAAAGAUUGACAUGGAGUUCGUGGUUGUCAACCUGGACAGCGCCCACAAUAUGAUCUGGGGACGACCGGCCUUGGAAGACCUUGAGGCCAUCAUCUCCAUGAAACAUCUAUGCCUCAAGUUCCCCACCAAGGACGGCGUCGGCUACGCCAGAGGGAACCAGAAGAUAGCCAGGGCUUGCUACCUGAAGCUCACAAGGAAGAUCAAUGAGGCCGAGGAGCGGAUCGACACUAUCACCACCGCCUCGGCCCAAGAAGACACGCCAAAGGCCGAACCGGUCGGGGACGUGGAAGAUGUUCCGUUGGACGUCUCCCGGCCGGAACGAAUGCUGAGAAUUGGGACGCAGCUCCCCCAACAGAUCCGAAGGGACAUCCUCUCUGUCCUGAGAGCGUACGCCAUCGUCUUUGCAUGGGGACCAGAGGACAUGCCGGGCAUCAGCCCAAAGGUUAUCACACAUCGGCUAUCGGUGAACCCGGCCUCCUCCCCCAUCAAACAGAAGAAGCGCUACCUCUCAGCCGACAGGAGGGAAUUUGUCAAGGCCGAGGUGGCCAUGCUGCUCAACAUCAAGCACAUCAGAGAGGUGAAGUACCCCACGUGGUUGGCGAACGUCGUCCUCGCCCCAAAGCCGCCUACGUUCAGAAUGUGUGUUGAUUACACUGACUUGAACAAGGCGUGCCCAAUGGACCCAUUCCCUCUCCCCAACAUUGAUUAGUUGGUGGAUGAGACGGCGGGGUGCGAGUUGAUGUCGUUCCUCGACGCGUUCAGAGGGUACCACCAGAUAUCCAUGCACGAAGAUGACGCGGAGAAGACCGCUUUUAUGACCCCGGAAGGAAUUUUUUGCUACCUCGUCAUGGCCUUUGGGCUCAAGAACUCCGGCGCCACCUACACAAGGAUGGUAGCCCGGAUUUUUAGAGCAGUCUUAGGUCGGACGAUGGAAGCAUACGUCGACGAUAUGAUCGUCAAGAGCAAACAAUCCACAACCCAUGCCGACGACCUCCGGGGCAUCUUCGAAAUCAUGAAGAAAUA